AUGGUAAUGAAAGCUGAGGUUGAGCAAGAAUUAGCUCACGUUUUAUUAACAGAAUUAUUAGCGUAUCAAUUUGCGUCUCCUGUGAGAUGGAUUGAAACUCAAGAUGUAUUCUUAAAGGACUUCAACACUGAAAGAGUGGUUGAAAUUGGUCCAUCCCCAACUUUGGCUGGUAUGGCCCAAAGAACAAUUAAAAGUAAAUAUGAAUCAUACGAUAGUGCUUUAUCUUUACAAAGACAAGUUUUAUGCUACGGCAAAGACGCAAAUGAGAUUUAUUAUACUCCUGAAAUUCAAGAAACUGAGGAACCAGAGCCAACAACUACCGCUCCUACAGUGGCUGCACCUGUUGCAAAUGCCCCUGCAGUUUCAGCACCAGCACCAACUUCAAGUGCUCCUGCUGCUGCAUUAUCCGAAGAACCGGUUAAGGCUGCUCUAGUUUUGAAUGUUUUGGUAGCUCAUAAAUUAAAGAAACCUUUAGAUGGCAUCUCGAUGUCAAAGACAAUUAAGGAUUUGGUUGGUGGUAAAUCUACUGUCCAAAAUGAAAUUUUAGGUGAUUUAGGUAAGGAAUUUGGAAACACUCCAGAAAAACCAGAGGAAACUCCAUUAGAAGAAUUGGCUGAAACCUUCCAAGAUACUUUCUCCGGGUCAUUAGGUAAACAGUCCUCAUCUUUAGUCUCCAGAUUGAUUUCUUCUAAGAUGCCUGGUGGUUUCUCCAUUACUGUCACAAGAAAGUACUUACAAAACCGUUGGGGCUUACCACCCAGCAGACAAGAUUCUGUUCUUUUAGUCGCUUUGGCCCAAGAACCAACUUCUCGUUUAACCUCUGAAGCUGAUGCUAAUUCGUUCUGGGAUUCAGCUACUCAAAAGUAUGCUUCCAUGUAUGGAAUUGAUUUAUCUGCUGCUUCUUCUGGUGCUAGUAGUACAGGUGCCGGUGCCGGUGCUGGAGGUGCUACAAUUGAUGCUGCUGCCUUCGAUGAAUUCACCAAGGAUCAAAAAGUUAUGGCUCGUCAACAAUUACAAGCCUUGGCUCGUUAUUUGAAAAUGGAUUUAGAUGGAGGUGAAAGAAAAUUCUUGAAAGAAAAAGACUCUGUUGCUGAAUUACAAGCUCAAUUGGAUUACCUAACUGCUGAAUUAGGUGAAUAUUUUGUUAGCGGUAUUGCUACAUCAUUCUCAAGAAAGAAGGCAAGAGUUUUUGAUUCUUCUUGGAACUGGGCUAGACAAUCUUUACUUUGCCUAUAUUUUGAAGUCAUUCAUGGUGUUUUGAAGAAUGUUGAUAGAAAGGUUGUCAGUGAAGCUAUCAACAUCAUGAACAGAUCUAAUGAAACCUUGAUCAAGUUUAUGGAGUACCACGUUUCUAAUACUAAUGAAACGAAAGGUGAGAACUACCAAAUGGUCAAAAAUUUAGGUUAUCAAUUAAUCGAAAACUGUAAAGAAGUUAUUAAGAUGGAUCCUGUUUAUAAGGAUAUUUCCAAACCAACUGGUCCAAAGACAUCAAUUGACAAAAAUGGUAAUAUCACGUACUCAGAAGAGCCAAGAGAAAAGGUUAGAAAAUUGUCCCAAUAUGUCCAAGAAAUGGCAUUAGGUGGACCAAUGACCAGAGAGCAACACUCAACUAUUCAAGACGAUCUAACAAGAGUUUACAAAGCCAUUACCUUACAAGCUACUCAGCAUGAUAUUUCUGAUUCUACUGCUUUAGAAUUUGAAAACUUAUACGGUGAGUUAAUAAAGUUUUUGAAGAACUCUGAUGAAAUCGACUCCUCACAAACGACAAAAUUAGCAGGUGUUAUCGACGAUGAUUUGGAUACCGAUGCUACAAAGGUAGUCGCUACACUAACAAAUAAAACCAACUCUAAUAAGAAUGUUUCCUCGACAAUUCCAAGAGAGACUGUCCCAUUCCUCCAUUUAAAGAAGAAGUUACCUUCUGGAGAAUGGAAAUAUGAUCGUCAAUUAUCAUCUUUAUUCUUAGAUGGUUUAGAAAGAGCUGCCAUGGAUGGUAUCACUUUCAAAGACAAAUACGUGUUAAUAACAGGUGCUGGCCAAGGUUCUAUUGGCGCAGAUGUACUACAAGGUUUAUUACAAGGUGGUGCUAAAGUAAUUGUCACUACAUCUCGUUUUUCUAAGAAAGUUACAGAUUUCUAUCAAUCUAUGUAUGCCACUUACGGUUCCAGGGGCUCUAUUUUAAUGGUUGUUCCUUUUAACCAAGGUUCAAAACAGGAUGUCGAAGCUUUAGUCAAUUAUAUAUAUGAUGACGAGAAGAAUGGUGGUUUAGGAUGGGAUUUGGAUGUCAUUAUUCCAUUUGCUGCUAUCCCAGAAAAUGGUAUUGAAUUAGAAAACAUAGAUUCGAAGUCUGAAUUUGCCCAUAGGAUUAUGUUAACAAAUAUCCUAAGACUAAUGGGUGCCGUAAAGAAGGAAAAAUCUUCCAGAGGUAUCGAGACUAGACCAGCGCAAGUUAUCUUACCUUUGUCACCAAAUCAUGGUACCUUUGGUGGUGAUGGUUUAUAUUCAGAAUCUAAAUUAUCUAUGGAAACUCUGUUCAACAGAUGGCAUUCAGAGUCUUGGGCUAAUCAAUUAACAAUCUGUGGUGCCAUUAUUGGUUGGACCAGAGGUACUGGAUUAAUGUCAGCCAACAAUAUCAUCGCCGAAGGCAUUGAAAAAAUGGGUGUUCGUACUUUUUCACAAAAGGAAAUGGCUUUUAACUUAUUAGGUUUAAUUAUGCCUGAAAUCGUAGAAUUAUCACAAAAAUCUCCUGUUAUGGCAGAUUUGAAUGGUGGUUUACAAUUCUUAACCGAUUUGAAAGAGUUCACAGCCAAAUUACGUGCCGACUUAACUGAAACGUCUGAUGUCAGGAAAGCAGUUUCUAUUGAAACGGCUUUAGAACACAAGACUGUUAAAGGUGAAAACGCUGAUUCAGCUUACACUAAGGUAGAAAUUAAACCAAGAGCUAAUAUUCAACUAAAUUUCCCAGAAUUAAGAGCUCAUAAGGAAAUUAAACAAACGACAAAUGAAGAUUUAGAAGGGUUAUUAGAUUUAGAAAAAGUAAUUGUUGUUACCGGUUUUGCUGAAGUUGGUCCAUGGGGUUCUUCCAGAACCAGAUGGGAAAUGGAAUCUACUGGUAAGUUUUCAUUAGAAGGUUGUGUCGAAAUGGCCUGGAUGAUGGGUUUAAUUAAAUACCAUAACGGUAACCUAAAGGGUCGUUCUUAUACUGGUUGGGUUGAUUCGAAGACUAAUGAACCUGUAAACGAUAAUGAUGUAAAGACUAAAUACGAAAGUUAUAUCUUGGAACAUGCAGGCAUUAGAUUAAUUGAAUCCGAAUUAUUCAAUGGCUACGAUCCUAACAAGAAACAGUUAAUCCAAGAAGUUCUCAUUGAAGAAGAUAUGGAGCCUUUUGAAGCUUCAAUGGAGACUGCAAAGCAAUUCAAAUUACAACACGGAGACAAGGUUGAUAUUUUCGAAAUCCCUGAAUCCGGUGAAUAUUCUAUUAAGUUAUUAAAGGGAGCUUCAUUAUACAUUCCUAAGGCUUUGAAGUUUGAUCGUUUAGUUGCUGGUCAAAUACCAACUGGUUGGAAUGCCAAAACUUACGGUAUCAGUGAUGAUAUUAUCUCUCAAGUCGAUCCUUUAACUUUAUACGUACUAGUAUCUGUAGUCGAAGCUUUUAUCUCAUCCGGUAUCACUGAUCCGUAUGAAAUGUACGAAUAUGUUCAUAUUUCAGAGGUUGGUAACUGUUCUGGUUCUGGUAUUGGUGGUGUUUCUGCGCUACGUGGUAUGUUUAAAGAUCGUUACAAAGAUAUUCCAGUCCAAAACGAUAUCCUACAAGAAUCGUUUAUCAACACUAUGUCUGCUUGGGUCAACAUGUUGUUGAUUUCGUCUUCAGGUCCAAUCAAAACUCCAGUAGGUGCAUGUGCCACUGCUGUCGAAUCUGUUGAUGUUGGUGUUGAAACUAUUCUUUCGAAGAAAGCUAAAAUUUGUAUUGUAGGUGGUUAUGAUGAUUUCCAAGAAGAAGGUUCAUAUGAGUUCGCCAAUAUGAAUGCAACUUCAAACACCCUUGAAGAGUUUGAACAUGGCCGUACCCCUGCUGAAAUGUCAAGACCAGCUACCACAUCUCGUAACGGUUUUAUGGAAGCACAAGGUGCUGGUAUCCAAGUUAUAAUGCAAGCUGAUUUAGCAUUAAAGAUGGGUGUUCCAAUUUAUGGUAUUGUUGCAAUGACAGCCACAGCUACUGAUAAAAUUGGUAGAUCUGUUCCAGCACCAGGUAAGGGUAUUUUAACCACUGCUAGAGAAUUUAAUGGUAAUUUGAAAUUUAAAUCGCCAAUGUUAGACGUUAAAUACAGAAAACGUCAAUUUGUUAACCGUGAAAGACAAAUCAAGGAAUGGAUUGAAAAUGAGAUUGAGUUAUUGCAAUACGAAGUUUCAGGAUUAUCAGAGGAAGAUAAAAAAGAGUUUAUUCUAGAGCGUACUGACGAAAUUCAACGUGAAGCUGACAAACAAGUCAGAUAUGCACAAUCUCAAUGGGGUAAUGAAUUUUUCAAGAGCGAUCCACGUAUUGCUCCAUUAAGAGGUUCCUUAGCUACAUUCGGUUUAACUAUUGAUGAUUUAGGUGUUGCUUCUUUCCAUGGUACUUCAACUAAAGCUAACGAAAAGAAUGAGUCUGCUACCAUUAACAAAAUGAUGGAGCAUCUUGGUAGGUCUGAAGGUAAUCCAGUGUUGGGUGUUUUCCAAAAAUUUUUAACUGGUCAUCCUAAAGGUGCAGCUGGUGCGUGGAUGCUGAAUGGUGCUUUACAAAUUUUGAAUAGUGGUAUUGUUCCAGGUAACAGAAAUGCUGAUAAUAUUGAUAAGUACUUAGAACAAUUCGAAUAUGUAUUAUUCCCAUCUAAAUCAAUCAGGACUGAUGGUAUUAAGGCCGUUUCCAUCACUUCUUUUGGUUUUGGUCAAAAGGGUGGUCAAGCAAUUGUUGUUCAUCCAGACUACUUAUAUGCAGCUGUCUCUGAGGAAGUUUAUAAUAAGUAUGCUCUAAAAGUCAAUACCAGAAGUAAAUCUGCUUCAAAGUAUUUCAACAAUGGUAUGUUCCAUAACAAACUAUUUGUCAGUAAAGAGAACCCUCCAUACAGUGAUGAAUUGGAACAACGUGUUUACUUGGAUCCAUUAACUCGUGUCAGUCCUUGUACCAAAACCGGUGAAUUGAUUUACAAAGAAGGUGGGAUUCAGAGAGAAGAUAACUAUAUCAGCGUGUCUGAGAAGGACACUGCCAAUAUUGUCAACAAUCUAGUCACCGAAGCAAUCUCUAAGAGUAAAGAUACCAAAAAUGUUGGUGUAGAUGUUGAAUUAAUCAACGCUAUAAAUAUUAAUAACAGUACAUUUAUUGAACGUAAUUUUACACCAAAGGAGAUUGAAUAUUGUCAAGCUCAACCUUCUAUUCAAAGCUCCUUUGCUGGAACUUGGUCUGCUAAAGAGGCUGUCUUUAAAGCUUUAGGUGUUAAAUCACAAGGUGGCGGUGCCCCACUAAUCGAUAUUGAAAUAUUCCGCGCUGAGGGAAAGGGACCUCAAGUUGUUCUACAUGGUGAAGCUAAGAUAUUGGCAUCUGCUGCAGGUGUUAACGAAGUCACUGUUUCAAUUUCACACAAUGAUUUCCAAUCUGUAGCCGUAGCGAUUAGCAAAUAA